CUUGUUUUUAAAAAUUUGACUCUUUUUUAAUCUGUCUAUUAGGAUAUUUUUGAACUGGUGAUAAAGUGACUGAAUACAAGAUGAAUAUUAUAAAGCAACCUGUUUAUUAAAAAUGUUACUUUUAAAUAGAAAGACUAGUUGUGAUAUAAAUUGUAGAGUAUUUAAAAAUGGACUUGACGACGCGUCGCGGGGAGGAUGGGAUCGGAGAGGUUGGAUGCAACGGUACUGAGUGCCGUGAGAUAGUGAAUGGUUCUCAAGGAUGUGAGGUGACAGGGGUGACAGUUGAAACAGCACCCCCGCAAAGAAAAACAAACUCGUUCAGUAUAAGACAUUUAGUUGGCGCGGAAGAUUCGGAACGAAGUGCCGACGGCAAUGUUUCUAACGAAGAUUAUUAUCCUCAAGAGGCAUACCAGAAGUACACCGCAAUGGGGGUGUCUGAGGUACCCAAAGACGACUCCCCCCGUACCACACCAGAGCUUUCCCGUGCUGACCAAUCCCCGGCAUCAGAGCGGCCACCACCAGGGUCAGCGGACAGCGAUGAUGCAGACGAGUUCACGCCGAAGAGAAAGCAGAGACGAUAUAGAACAACAUUCACUAGCUUCCAACUUGAGGAACUGGAGAAAGCUUUUUCAAGGACACAUUAUCCUGAUGUAUUUACAAGAGAGGAGCUGGCGAUGAAGAUUGGAUUAACAGAAGCAAGAAUACAGGUUUGGUUUCAAAACCGUCGCGCGAAAUGGCGGAAACAAGAGAAAGUGGGUCCUCAAGCGCACCCUUACAACCCGUACCUAGGGGCGGCCGGGGCGCCGCCACCCUCCGUCGUAGCCUCCAUGCCCAACCCCUUCUCGCAGCUCGGCUUUGGGUUCCGGAAGCCCUUUGAUACGAAUGCACUUGCCUCAUUUAGAUACGGAGGCGCGCCAGUUCUAAGCCCGCAGUAUCUCGGUGCGCCCUUACCGAGACCGCCGCUAUUCGGUGCCCCCAUUUACACCACCAGCCCGCCCUUCCACUCCCUCCUUGCCGGGCUGGCGCCCCCUCCCCGGCAGUCACCCGACCCUCCUCCCGUCUCUCCCCCCAUCUCUCCAGGAAGUGAAUCCCCUCCCGCGCAAACUGGUCCAGAAGUGGAAAGAAGAAGUUCAAGCAUCGCCGCAUUAAGGAUGGCGGCACGAGAACAUGAACUACGGUUAGAAAUGCUAAGACAAAGACAUCACACGGACUUGAUUAGUUGAGCUUUCUUUACGAGUUUCCUUACCGUGGAUUUAACAUGGCGUGACAUUUGUGUAUACUAUCUCUACUUUCUCCAUAAGAAUGAAAGGGACAACGAUAUUGACGUAAUAUGUUACGACAACGGAGAUUCAUACAUUUAAUCGUCUGUACACUUUACCGUAUAUUUCCAAACAACGAACAUCUAAUUCUUAAUAAUAACAAUUUUAUUUUUUAUAAGCGUACUGUGAAAAAGUAUUACGAGUUAUUAUAAAUAUAAUUGAUAAGAAUCAAAGCAUAUUUCAUUAGAAGUUAAUUUAAUUUAAGUUGUAGCAACUUGUAUAUUUUUUUUUAAAUUUAAUAAAUUAUUCGAAGAUUAAAAUACUUAAUAGGUCAUUUCGUAAUUACCAAACAAAAUUAAGGAUUAAUUGUAUUAAUUACUGGAUUUUCCUUUAAUUUUGUUUUUCUAAAAAAUAAAAAAUCUUGUUUUUGCACAUUUUUUGUAUUUAUUAUUAAAGGUACGAAACGACCUAUUUGUAUGUAAAAUCUUCGAAAUUGCUUAAGAAUGUAUUACGGAUCCGUCCAGUUUAUAGGCCUUAUUGUUAUUUAUUUUAGUCAUAAGAUUUUAAAUAGUGUAAGUCUCCAUUAUUGAA